AUGCCUCGCCUUUCCACCCCUAUAACGCAAGACGAAUGCCUCUACGAUGCUCGUUGGACUAAACAGGCUGACAAUGUUUUUGUCGACUUCCUCAUAGAGUCGCAUAUGCUUGGCAAGUGGAAAAAUGGCCGUCCCGGAGGUGUGGUCUUCUAUUAUUGCUGCGGUUUUCUAAUCGGUGAGCUCGACCUCAUUUAUAGUCACGCUGAAUUAGAGGAGAGAUUUGACUUUCUUCAAAAGCGGUACCAAGAAGACUUGCGUUUCAUGUUCGAGGAGGUCUACUCUACACACCCAACAUCCGAAGUUGUUCAUGACCGCAACUCUACAUACGAAGGCUUUUUUGCUCUCCCUGCUGCACGAACUAAUGUGGUUUCGGACAAUUCCUAUCACAAUGCUUUGCAGACGCUUUGUAGUCGCAACUACGGUCAUCCCCAACAUGGUGGGCCACACGAUGCCUCGUCGGAAAGCUCCAUCAACACGCAUGCCCAUGUAUUAAUUAAUAGGGUGGGCAGUCGAACCCCAUUGCGCAUUUCCCGCCCACCGCACAAGCCAGACCCGACUUCUUGCAAGGGUUCGACUAGCGAUCCGCCCGUUUGA